UGUAUCGAUUCGAAGAAAUCAUUGAUUACUUGACCUUUUAUUAAUUUGUUUUUUAGAAAAUAUUAGCAUACUAGCAAAAUGGCGGAAAUUUGCAAACUAUGCAAGGAUAUUCGGGCAAUUGAUAUCGAUCUAGAAAUGCCCAAAUUCAAAUCGGUCAAUAAACUCUUGCAAAUACUGUUCGAUUGGUACAAAAUUGAUACUGCUAUCCUGGGGGAAAAUUCCUGCAUUUGCGAGCGCUGCUUUGUAGAGACUUUGCGCAUAAGCGAAUCCCUGGAGAAGUGGGGCACGGCCCACGAAGAGUUUCACCAGAGGCCCAUCGAAAUAGACGACUCCACUGCAUUUCAGGUCAAGUUUGAAGUGCCAUCAGACAAAGAAGAGGGGGAAACGGAAAUGAAUGAUGAGGAGAAUUCUCUUCAUCAGCAUAUCGCGGAGCCACUGAAGGAAGACCAUGAUCGAUUGGAAAAAAACGAGAAUAUGGAGAUCGUACUUGAAGAAUCUUUGAAAACCCCGUCCGAGGAUUUCUUUUGCGUGGGAUUGGCACGCAAUGGCUUGGCAGUCACCAAGUUAUUCAAGGACAAGACCCAAGUCACCCGGAUGCUGUGCACCUGUUGCGGCCAUGUGCUCGAAAUCCUGAGCCAAAUCCGCAUGCAUUCUUGGAAACGCCGCCCAAAUCCGGUCUACUAUUGCCGCGAGUGUGGCUCAGAGUUCCGCAAAAUACGCGAACUACAUGAGCACAUGAAGACGAUGGAACACAACGAGACCAUGAGCAGCGGAAGGGAUUUGGAAUUUCUGUGCCUCAGAUGCAACCAGAUAUUCCCACGAUAUUUCGACGUUAUCCGCCACGAGAAAAUAGUUCACAAUCUAUCCGAUUUCAUCUGCGAGGAGUGCAACGUGUACUUCGCUAACAAAGGAUCCUACAGAAGGCACAUGAGAGGCCACGAAGUCGAAUCCAUGCAGAAUCGAUUUUAUGAGUGCCCAUAUAAGAACUGCACCUUACGUUAUAGCGUGUCGCAAUUAAGUUGCCAUUGCCUCUUUUCUGGACUCAAAAGCAAAGUGCCGCCUGCCCAACAGAAACGACUCCUUCGGGUGGGCAAGUUUAUGACUCUGGACCCCAAGGAACGGGUUGAACCCGAUCGAAAGUUGCCCUACCGCAGGAAUAAAUUUAACACUAAGGCAGAUUUCCCGGAAGACCCGACGAAAUGUAAGAACGGAGGACAGUUCAUCAGCCUGCCCAAGAAAAUUUCCAUGCAGAAGGGAAAGUACAUCAAUGUUUCGUACAAUUGAAGUCCUUAGUUUCCAACUAGCAAAUAAUGGUAAUCUUGAAAACUGAUUAAAUAUGUACAAAUUAAUACUGUGAAAACAAAGCGGUUAAAAGAUGCUUUUAACCCAGUAGAAAAUAAAAAAUCAGUUUUAAAACUUGGUACAUCAA